AUGGUUACUCCACUGCAUCAGACAAUUGUUGAUCUAAAAUUCAGUGAUGUGCUUCCUCCAGUUCAAUAUUCACUUUCAGACAUAAUGUCGCGUCUCAUUAUUCAGGAAUUUCUGGAACUGUACAGAAGUCUGCCAUGCCUGUGGAAAAUGCAGUGCAAAGACUACGCCAACCGGGAGAUGAAAACCGAAGCCUACAAGCUGAUGGUGAGGAAGCUGUCCGAGCUGGAACCGGAUGCCAACCGCGGAUCGGUGAUCAAGAAGAUUAACAACAUGCGGAGCAACUACCGGAAGGAGAAACGAAAGGUGCAGGCGUUUCAAAAGUUGGGCAGCCAGUACGUACCUACGCUGUGGUACUAUCCACUGUUGGGUUUUCUGGACGGAGAGGAUGACUUUGUGAACUCGGACAGCGACAGCAUCGAUAUCGAACGAGUCAAAGUGCAGGGUGUCGACUCUCCGGAACCGUACGUAGAAGACGCUUACGAUACAUGUUCCUCACCAACAACGACUGAAGCUACUAACUUUGAGCUAGCCAUGUCAAACUGUGAUUACUCCGCCGAAUACCCACCAGUCAACGAGGAUGUGCCUUCUCCUUCCGUUGAGAACAACCCGAGAAAAAGGAAGCCUGAAGAUAUGUCCCAUGUAGAUCAGAAUCAUUUUCGGAUCGUCAGUUGUGAGGAUCGGCACGAUGCGUUUGGACGUAGCAUUGCGUUCAAGUUGCGGGCCCUGCCCGACGAACAGCGGAUAUACGCAGAGAAGCUUAUCAACGAUGCCAUCUACGAGGCGGAGCUGGGAAAUCUCAAGCGGCAUUGUCGGAUUCAGUUGGAAAAGGACUAGGAGCUCGCGUUGAGUAUUCGAAUUAAUAUAAACCGCUAUCAUAUUUGUGAUUUGUAUAUAAUAAAAAAUGCCAUUACAUUUGAACUGUUU